GCACACGACCGGGGCCGGGACCGAGCCGGCCAGCUCGAUACCGCGCCGCGCCGUCGAUGUGGGCCCCACGCGCGUGAACCAGUGCGAGGACGACCGCCGCCGUGUCGCGUUACGUACUGUUCUUCAGCGGUCUGGUGUGUGUGUGCGCGCGCGCGCGUGCGUUUCCGUCAGCGUUCUUUUUGCGCCCGUCGGCCGGGCCUGGGUUUCCCCGUGGGGCCAGUGAAAAAGCGCGCCAAGCACCGCGGUCCGUCUCAUCAUGGACGUCAAGAAACGGUACAUAUGGUCCGACCGGGAGACCGAACACUUCAUCAGACUCAUCAUCGACAUGGGAAUGACCAACAUGUUGGACAGCAAGAGGAAAAGGAAUUCUGAUCUUUAUUCCAGUCUGGUUGAACCAAUGGCAGCUGCUGGUUUCAACAGAGACGCGACGCAAUUGAGGACCAAGUGGAAACACUUGAAGCAAGAUUACAAAUUAGAGUUGGUGAGAAUUGAUAAAAAUGGUGCUGCGAGUUCAAGGAUGUCUUACUUUCAUUUGCUCCACGAAGUACUGAGCUGCAAACCAAGCAAUGCCAUGACGUACCUUUGUGAAGUUGUUUCGAAUUCUCCUCCCCGGCUCGACACCGCGGAAAGCAUUAAGACUGAAUACUUAGACGACAUAAAAAUGGAAACGGACUACUACAGAGUGACCGAACCGCAGGUGGACAUCAUCCAGUCUUGUGAUGUACAGACGCAGACGGAGGGCACGCCGGAACAGCACGUACUGCAAAAGCUGCACGCGUUGGAGAACAGCAUCAACGUCCUGAGGGAAGACUGGCGGAGGGAUCGUGAAAUGCAAAACGUGCUGAUGGAGAAGCACUCGAGGAGGAUGUUGGAGCACCAGAAAACGUUGAUGGACAAUUUCUUCGCCAAGACCAAAUCGCAUUUGUUGAGAACCAAAAAUAAAGACUGAAACGGGGUUCGGGUACACUUCGAUGUGUCGUCGGCGCAGUAGCAGAACCCGCAGCUGCGUUGGCGUCCGAAACCCGCGAUUCUUUGUACCUCCCCAUAUAAU